GCCUGAUCUUGAUCAUCCAGCUCGCCUGACCACCUCGUCUGCUGCGUCAAUCAUUCGCUGUACCUUCGCUCAUAUGGUCUUCCGAUUCAGGAGAUCCCUAACCAAUCAGAUGCACGUUCCUUUCAUCCUCUGACGGAGGAGGGACCCGCGCAUCCGCCAAGCAUAGCGCGUUCGGGCGAUAGCAAGCUGCCCCCGCGCAUGGAAGCGCGUCCUCCCCAGUCCUCGCCACGCGCGCCCGCAGGCCAGCUGACCAUCCGAGCUGUCCUGCGUCCUUUUGGCGGCGCGGUGACUCGGGCGGAAUGUCUGUUUGUGUGCUUCAUCGGCGGUCCCCAACACAUCAGCAGCCCUGAUGCAGCCCUGAGGACCGACUGUGCUCGCGGCGGCUGACCGAGGUGCCCUCGCGCGUAUAAAUGCGCUGGGGUUCCGUGUGUUCUCCCGCGCUCGCGUCAGCCCUCGAGAGCACAUCGUCGCACUUUGCAGCACUAUGUUCCAGCUGCUGCCUCUGCCCGUCCUGCUCGCGCUCGCGGUGGUCACGCCCGUGUCGGCGGCCCCUUCCCUGGUGCUACCGCGCAAUGUGACGACGCUGGUAGACCGUGCUGUGACCACAUUGUCCGCAGGCGCCAUCGCGUCUUUCGCGCCAUAUACCGAGUUCGCGGCAGCUGCGUACUGCCCGGACGGUAUCGCGAACUGGGAGUGCGGUGAUGCGUGCAGCGCAACGGGCGACUUCCAGCUGUCUGCGCACGGUGGGGACGGUGGGGAUGUCCAAUACUACUACGUCGGAUGGUCGCCCUCCUUGAGCACUAUCAUCGUCGCGCAUCAGGGCACAGACCCCACCCAAUUCGAAUCCGUCCUCACCGACAUCGACUUCCCCCAAGACUCGCUCGACGCCACGCUCUUCCCCGGCGUGCCCUCCGGUGCGCGCGUGCACGGCGGCUUCCGCGACGCGCAUGCUGAUACCGCGACCGCCGUCCUCGCCGCCGUGCGCGCCCUCAUCACUGCGCAGAACACCAACUCGGUGACGGCGGUCGGACACUCGCUGGGUGGCGCCAUCGCGGAGCUUGACGCGGUGUUCUUGAAGCUGAAUAUCCCGGACGCGGAUGUGAAGGCGGUUACCUUUGGCAAGCCGCGGGUGGGGAAUCCUGAGUGGGCGGAGUUUGUGGAUGCGAAGGUGGACGGGUUUACGAGGAUUAACAACAAGAAGGAUCUAGUUCCAAUCCUCCCUGGUCGCGGCCUUGGGUUCUCGCACCCCGAGGGCGAGGUGCACAUCGUCGAGGAUGGAGUUUGGGUCGAGUGCCCAGGAAACGAUGAUGCGGAUGACGAUGAGUGCACUAUCCAGACGGUCCCCAACAUCUUCGAGGGCAACAUUAUCGACCAUCUUGGUCCUUACGCCGGCAUUUACAUCAGCACUAUCUCGUGCUGAAUGUUGGGAAGAGUAUCGCUAUGAAGAGAUGCUAUGCCUAUGGUGCGAACCUCUCGUGCUUCUCUCUCGGAGAGCAUCAAACAUGUAAUAUGUGUAUAUGAGAAACCAAAAGAGCAUACAGCGGAUAUACCCAUAGAACAUGAAAUUUGGUGG